CAGCAUGAUUUCUUGUGCCUUCGCUGAACACCUCAAAUGUUCUACGCAGAGAUGCUAGUUUUAUUGCGAAGAGCAGCCACUAAUACAGUCAGACAGUCAGCUCGCUCAGUCACCACAACGCCUAACGAUGCUUCCCUCGUGAACGAAGCUCUCGGAGUCGUCGGUUCUGUCGCUGGACAAAAGUCAGCCUUCCAGCAGCCUCUUACGGCACCGACACCUACGCCUGCAGCAUCACCGCUCGCGGCAUACCUCAAGAAUGACCAGCCACCACUUAUGUUGAUUCCGCCGGAAGAGGACCCACUGUUGCACUACAUGACCUCUGUCAUACAAAAGCAUGGAGAGCGCAAGAAAGCAGCUGGUAUCGUUGCCAGGAUGCUCUUGCAUAUCCACACUCUCACUCGCGUGCCCCCGCUGCCUGUUGUCCGUCGAGCGGUUCUGGAUGCUGCGCCUGCCUGUAAGAACGUUACAAUGGUUCACGGUACCAAAAGGCUAUUUAAGCCCAUUGCCCUUGGCGAAAAACAACGAACACGAUAUGCGAUCCAGUGGAUUCUUGAAUCAAGUAACAAGCGACCCGAACACAAGCUGGAGGAACGGCUUGCAAGGGAGAUGAUAGACAUCAUUCAGUGCACGGAUCCAAAGGAGAACGAUACCCUGAAGAAGAAGCUGGAGGUGCAUACAUUAGCCAUGCGCAACCGUGCGAAUGCUACGAUGCGGUAGUAAACGAUACGUGACGCACCACCUUUACACGGCUAGGCAGACGGCCGCUGGAGCCUAUCACACCUUUCAGAAGAGCUGCUUCUAAUAGUCUGAGGUUGUUGCGUGUUAUCGCCUCAGGCCUCUUGCUUAGCGGUGGAGUUACCACAGAGGCCUGCCGUGCGGUCUCGUAUUACCCUAGCUACGAUAUUUUAUCCCGCGUAGAAGCGACUACCUACUACCUACUCCUGUUUCGCGCCGUACCAACUCUAGACACGAGAAUUUUAGCCUUUCCCUGCCUCUUU